UCUCUAUCUUAAUUUUCUUCGCCCAAACGCUCCCUAAUAUUUCUGUAGCUAUGGAGUACGGCAGGCUCGGAAAAACCGAGCCUAACGAUGGCUCUCCGAGCCUAGCUUUUACUACUGCGACGAACCGCACUCCCAAAAAAUCCAAACUCAGGAUUCUUCUUGCCCUCGCCGCCGCGCUGCUACUGACGUCCGCUGCGGCGGCGGCGGCGGUGGCUGUUUUAAGGAAGAGGAAUGGUGCGGAAGACGGAGGAGUUAGGCUUCAUAGCCGCCGUCCAUCCCAAGCCAUGGCGAGAGCUUGCGGCCGGACUAGGUUUCCGAAUCUCUGCGUUGAAUCGCUGCUCGACUUCCCCGGCGCCGCCGCCGCCUCCGAGAGAGACCUCGUCCACAUUUCGGUUAAUGUGACUCUCCAGAAAGUCGGCCGCGCGCUGUACUCCGCCUCCGAGAUUAGCAAUCUCGAUAUGGAUCCUCACGUCCGUUCGGCGUACGAGGACUGCAUCGAGCUACUAGACGAUUCGGUGGAUCUCCUCUCACGUUCGCUUACCUCCGUCGCCGGCGGCGGCGGUUCGACUCAGGAUGUGUUAACCUGGCUAAGCGCCUCGUUAACGAACCACGAUACCUGCACUGAAGGCUUCGAUCAACUGAACGGCUACGUGAAGGCUCAAAUGUCGGAUCGAUUGAAGGAUUUGUCGGAGCUCGUGAGCAAUUGCCUCGCUAUAUACGCCGCCGCCGGAGGAAACAGUGAUUUCUCCGGCGUUCCGAUACAAAAUCGGCGACGGAGGCGGUUACUGAGCAAAGAGAAGGAUAAGAACGUCGUCCACCAGUUUCCGACGUGGUUAUCCCGCUGGGAUAGAAUGCUGCUGGAUGCGCCGGCGUCGGCGAUGAAUCCAGAUGUAAUUGUGUCCGGCGACGGAAACGGAACCUGCAAAACGAUCACGGAGGCGAUAAAAAAGGCGCCGGUGAACGGAACUCGGCGAUUCAUUAUCUACGUGAAGGCAGGAAGGUACGUGGAGGACAUACUGAAGGUGGGGAGGAAGAAAACGAAUGUAAUGAUAUUUGGGGAUGGGAAGGGCAAGACAGUAAUUUCAGGCAGCAAAAGUAUCCAAGAUAACAUGACGACAUUCCAUACUGCCACUUUCGCUGCAACUGGCGCCGGCUUCAUUGCAAGGGACUUAACCUUCGAAAACUCGGCCGGACCGGCAAAACACCAAGCCGUCGCCCUCCGGGUCGGGGCCGACCACGCGGUGAUCUACCGAUGCAACGUGAUCGGCUACCAGGACACGCUCUACGCGCACUCGCAACGACAAUUCUACCGCGAGUGUGACGUCUACGGCACCGUCGACUUCAUCUUCGGCAAUGCGGCCGUCGUGUUCCAAAACUGUUCGAUCCAUGCGCGGAAGCCAAUGCCGUUCCAGAAGAACACGAUCACGGCGCAGAACCGCAAGGACCCGAACCAGAACACCGGGAUCUCGAUCCACGCCUGCCGCGUCGUCGCGGAGUACGACCUCGAGGCCGCCCGGGGGGCCUACCCGACCUACCUCGGGCGGCCGUGGAAGCUCUACUCCCGGGUGGUGUACAUGCAGUCGUACGUCGGCGACCACGUCCACCCCCGGGGGUGGCUCGAGUGGAACGCGACAUUUGCGCUCGACACGUUGUAUUAUGGGGAGUAUAUGAACUACGGACCCGGGGGGGCGGUCGGGCAGCGCGUCAAUUGGCCCGGGUAUCGGGUGAUCACCUCUGUCGACGAGGCGAGUAAGUUCACGGUGGCGCAGUUUAUUUUCGGGUCGGCGUGGCUGCCGGCGACCGGCGUCGCAUUCCUAGCUGGCCUCACAACAUGAGAUAUAUAUGUAUGUAUGUGUAUGUAUAUCUAUAUUGUGUUUGUAUAGGUUUUGGUUGUUGUGUUUGAAAUGUGUUGUUGAAUUGAAGGUUGUAAUAAUGUAGUUAGAGCAAUUUCUUGUGUUUAUAGUUAAGUGAUCGAGGUUUUGGAUCACAUGCUGAUGGGAAAAAUUAAUUUGGCAUGGAGUGAAUUAAUAGUAAUAAUUGAUUAAAUAAGAACAAUUUAGUCUAUUUG